CGGGCGGGGUCGUUCUUGCUUGCAGAGCGCUGCCGCGGGGUGAUGUAGCAAGACGUGCGGGACAGAGCGGACACACAGGGAAGCAGAACUAACGUCAGUACGGUUGUUGUUGUUGUUUUAAGCUAAACUCGUUAACAUAUAUGUCAGUGUUUUAGAAGUACGAUGGAUUUACUUAACAACGUAAUCUAACGUCAACAACAUUGGAGCCAUACGUGCAGCCUAACACACGGACAUCUUGUUUUUCUCAUAUUGGGACACCGGGGUGUAAAGAAAACAUUUCUCCUUCAUUUCGGACCCGGGGGAAACUGCAUUGUAGUGGAGCUCUCCGAACCUCACCAUGGCGUGGCCCUGUAUCAGCAGGGCGUGCUGCAUGGCCCGCUUCUGGAACCAGCUGGACAAGGCUGACAUUGCGGUGCCUUUGGUCUUCACCAAGUACACGGACGUCUCUGAGAUGCAGCACAUCCAGCUGCAGCCGCCCGUCCACCCGCCCCAGUCCCGGGUCGCCAUAGAAACGCAGCCGUCUAGCGCAGAAAGCCGCACCACGGCAGCCGCACGCGCGCCGCGAAGGUGCGUCUCCGAGGAGCGCGUGUGCAGCUCGGUGAUGCGCGAGGACUUCAAGCACUGGAAAGUGCGACCGGAACCGAGCUGUAAACCCAAGAACGAGUACCACGGACCGGAAACGCCGUUCAACAGCGAGACCCAGUACCAGAAGGACUUCAAACCCUGGCCCAUCCCGAAAAGGUACGACCACCCCUGGAUACCCAAACCACCUACAACCAUCCCCUCCGGCGACGACCGGGAUGCGGACAGGUCCGGACAAGCCAAGCAGCACGUGGUGCUGGCGAGUGGGGACAUCGGCGUGGAGAAGAGCGCUAUUGCCGACAAGGUGCAAGAGAAAGACCUCCUCCAGGGGUCAGAGAGGAAAAAGCGGUCCAGUAAGCAGCAGGGGGAGAAGAAGGUUGUCCCGAAGGUGGAGGGAGAGAGCAGAGGCAGGGCGGCGGCGGACGCCGUGAACAGGCAGAUCAAAGAGGAGAUUUCCGCCGGCAGCUCAUACAAAACUGAAUUUAAGGCUUACAGAGAUGUGAAGCCUGCCAAGAUGAUCCGGGCCAAGUCCCAGUACCUGCCACCAGAUGAGAAGACCAGCCUAGAGACCAGCUACAGUGCCACCUUUAAGGGGCAAGCCCCACUGCAGCCCACUGACAACAAGGCCCUGGAGAGGAGGAGGAUACGCAGUUUGUACAGCGAGCCUUACAUAGAACCCACCAAACAGGUUGACAGAUAUAGUGUCCCUCGCUCUAAACCCAAAAAGCCUGGAGCCACAGCAGCAGGCCAUGGCAAGUCAGUGAAGAAACCCAAAGAUAAGCAGAGCGCUGCGCUGAAGGGCUCCAAGAAGACGACCUCGGAGAACCAGCCCGAGAACCGGCCGGCGGUGGGGGACAAGGAGAAAAGUAAAGAGAUGAACAACAAACUGGCUGAGGCAAAAGAAUCGAGUUGGUAGGAGCAUCCUCUUCCUCCGCCAUUUGAUGCCACCCACCACCCCCACUCUGCUCGCCUCCAUCUCUAGGUUGCCAUGGCUACUGGCUGCCUGGCUAGCCAAUGGAUGGCUCUUGUUGCAUGGGCCCACCAACAAGCAAUUCUGGAGGGUUGGCUUUGAUCAGCUGAGCAGAUUGCUUUGUUGAGUUUAUCAAGGAUUUUUUUCCUUCUUUUGGUGUUUUGGUUUCUAUGAAAUAGGAUAACUGAAUUGGCACUUUGGAUAGGGAUUCUCCACUUGCUAAAUUAACAGCAAAUCUGAAAAUCUUUGAUAAAUGUCCUGCUUGGUUAGUCAUGAGUGUCUGACCCAUAGCUUGUUUUGUACCUGCUCUGUCAUCUUUGCUACUGUUAAUUACUGUUGAUGUAGAGCUCAUGUAGGGCUCUGCGUGUGUGUUGGUUUCAAUGUUAUUUUGCAAUUCAAUAUCUCAUUUAUAAUUCAACUCUGUCAUAGGAUACACAAAAUUAUAUCAAUUCAUCUUAAGAAAAACACCGCCUUUGUUUCCUUCACUCAUGUGCAACCCAUUCACACAGUGGUAUUUUAGUUCACUCAAUGUUAUUUUGUAACACCCAAUUUGUUGCCAACAAGCCAUCUGGGUCUCACUUAACUGAUUAUGCAUUACACACCAGUCAUUUGCAUAGCAGAAGAGUGCUCCAGCUGAAUUAGAUAACACAUGCACUCAUAAUGACAUUUAACAUCGGAGUAAUAACAUUUUUCAGAAUCAGAGAGGGAUGAGUUUAUUUGAGCUAGAAAAUGUUUGGCUGAGUGGUUCAGUUUGUAUCGUGUCUAUCAAGCAGAGCUCAGCGACCAUAACUCAGUGUAAUCACCUCCAACACAGUCUUUAUUAACAAGACUGAGCCCUCUGUAAAGCUUCAUGUAGUUAUGUAAUCGCAGUAGCCUGCACUCAAACACACACCUCCUUUUUUGAUCUGUACUUAAUAGCAAUUUCACAUCACCUUUAAAGAGGGAGCUGUAUGAAUGAAGUACAGAUUCUCCUUUGAAAUAAAUCGUACAAUAUACUGACAUUUGUUCAAAAUUGUUUACCAGGAUAAGAAGUUUUGAUUGCAUUUUCUUCAUAAAUAAUAAGUUCACUAGUAUUUUAUUCUAAUAUAAACCAAUGAGCACAGUGAUGUAAUGUAAGUGUAACAGCAUGUUGAUUUGACAAGGCUGAGUUUGUUUUAAAAAUGAGGAUUCAACACUGGAUUUACUUUUGCUUUGUGUGGCAGGUUCAACAUGGUGGUGCCGUGAUUGUGUGUAAGAGGUAUCUAGCAAAGCAUACCAAAACAAGCUGUAAAGGCUCUGAUUUUAAAUUCUGGCUUAAUCCAAAUUUCUUCAGUGAGAUGUGUUGCAGAAAAGGGAACAAAAAGUAAGUUGUAUUGUAACUGCUUAUCUGUUAAAACUACAUAUAACCUCCCUUGUAUUUAUAGCUUAUAUUUGUGUAUACGGUAUAUUAUAGCAGGGCUUCAUGUUGGCUGAGUCCUAUACUUGGUCCAAAGCACCCAGCUGCAUCCUCUAACUCUUAGCGUAUAUACAAAGAAACACCGAUUUUGGGCUUAGAAAGAGCAUUGUACAGUCUUGUCAGGGGUGGACCCAUCAGUGUGCUCCACCCCCCCCACACACACCUCACUGUUCUCAUUAAUUCUGCUACUCAACAUCCUUCCUUCCAUUUCUGUGGUGCUUGAGACAGCAGCAACCAUCACCGCCACCACCAUGUCUAUCCAAGCUGAGCAUGCGCCCGGUCAGGAACGAGGGCCCGUCUCAUUAGCAUUUUGCAGCCUUUGGUUGGGGAACGCUUUGUCAUGUAACACAAGGGAGGGGGCUUGCAAGGGCAGUAAAUGUAAACAGUGCUUAGCACACCACACACCUGGUGCUAUCUUUGUGAUUAUUAGGCAAAUAAGGAUAGAAAGUAUGGUAAACAAAGUUAUGUCUUGGGCAAAAAAAAAAAGAAAAUUGACUGUGACGUUCUUGUGUUUCUAUCUGCUUGCUCAUAUUUAAUGAAACA